UAUUUUAAAAGGUUCACUUAGUUUUGAAGCUUUUGACCGUCAGCGUCAACGCGAGAGCGAAACGAGGGCUCGUCGCCACCAAAAGAUCGUCGACCGUCAUGCUAAAGCUCGAGCACAGGUUUACCUCCUGGAGGAACAAGCCCUUGAAGAGGGACUUGAGCUUCCAGCUUUACCUGCAUUUGAGGCCUUCAACAUCAACAUGGUCAGAGAUGAUUUUGAGGUUAACGACGGUCAAGCAGCACGUCAAGAAGAUGAUCCAUUGGCUGCACCCAACGAUCAGCCUCAAAAUCAUCAAGAAAAUGCUGAAGAAGUUGAUGAAUUGAUGGAUGCUUUUGGUGGUGGUGUUGCUGAAGGAUUAGGUGGUGGAGUGGUUAGAGGUGUUCGUGGUGGGAUUGGGGAAGGAUCACGUGGUGGUGGACCAAGUCGUGCUGCAGCUGGCAGUGGAUUGCGUCGGGUUACGGCUGGUGCUGGACUAAAUCGUGCUGUAACUGGUGCUCAAGGUCGUAGAGCUCGUGAUGAACGCGACCAAGAUCCAGUUGAUGCCAGUGUCAGAGACAGAGUCAGAUUUUGGAGACGUCAAUUCUUUCAAAUGAUGGCUAAUCGUCCCCAUCAAUAUCGUGAGCAACGUGGUCGUGGUGGUAAUAGAAGUAGACGUGGAAGGGGUAUUCGUUCAGGUGGUGGUGGUAUACAGGUUUAUUUUCAAGGAUAAAAAAAAAAUAUAUAACAAGUCUUAAUUUAAAAAAAAAAUAAAUAAA